GGCAGCAGAGGAGCCCAGGGGACCCUGCCACCGAGCGCACCGCACCGGCCCCAGCUCAGCCAUGCUGGCCUGUCUGCAGAGGACCCAGAACCCCCCGGGCCAGCACCUGGCCUGCCCGAGCAAGAGCCUGGAGCGGCGCAAGUGCGAGGCGGUGGCCAGCUCCAUGCAUUCCUCCCGCUACCCGAGCCCGGCCGAGCUCGACGCCUACGCUGAGAAGGUGGCCAACAGCCCGCUGUCCAUCAAGAUCUUCCCCACCACCAUCCGGGUGCCGCAGCACAAGCACCUGGGCCGCACCGUCAACGGCUACGACACGUGCGGCCAGCGCUACAGCCCCUACCCCACAGCAGCCCUGAGCAGCAGCCUGCAGUCGCUGGAGUAUCUCAUCAACGACCUCCGGCCGCCCUGCAUCAAGGAGCAGAUGCUGGGCAAGGGCUACGAGACCGUGGCGGUGCCCCGGCUGCUCGACCACCAGCACGCCCACAUCCGCCUGCCCGUCUACAGAUAA